AUGGUCCGUCUUGAGUCGGCCCCAUCGCGACGCCCGCUGAGGCUGGCUUUCGUGGUCAUCUGCUGGCUUCUGUUGGCCGGCCAGCCGCAGCAGGCGGGGAGCGAUUCGGACCAUUCGCUACCACCGCUUCCGAAGGAACAGUUCUCGGAGUGUAUCACAGCCUGCGGCGAGCAGAUGAAAAGGUGCGUCGCUGGGAUACCGGAACUGCUCAACAACUAUUAUGGGAAUAGGCGGAAGGUGCAACGCAUCCUUUUUGACUGCUGUGUCGACAAAGAGCACGACCAAACUAGUCCAGCAACCACGAGUUUCGCCCGUUGUGCCAAGCUCAAUUGUCGUGCUCUCGUUUGGGGGUGA